UGGUUUCUUCAUCUGUAGACCCUGCAUAAACUGCCGCCUCCACGUCCAGCAGUCAGUCAGCUUGCUUUUUUCUCCUCCCUCUGGCGUCACGAUUUCCGUUUUGUGUUUCCCGAGUUUCUUCUUCUUUCUUCCUCUUUUUACGUUUUCCGAGAUAACGGCCGUUGAUACCCCCUCCUCCUCCUCCUCCUCCUCCUCCCUAACCACACACACACUUCACCAUGUCUCCCGCGAUAUUCGAGUCUCACCGGAGAACGCCCUCUGGUCAAGACCCCGAACGUCGCAAGUCCGGAAGCGGCUUCCUCUUCCUCAACAACCGCUUCAAGAGAGCUCCUACGACCAAGACCACCAACGAAAAUGCCACGUCCACGCCUCCCACUCCUACCUUUGGGCCCGUCAAGGACGGAUACUUCAUGAAGCGCUCCGACUCGUCCCGCAGCAUCCCGUCCCUGGUCCAGUCCACCAACGGCGAUGCCGAGACGCCACGACCCAUGACCGCCAUGCCCGGCAGGGAAAAGAGCUUCCUCGACAACAAGGAGCCUGCCGUCACCUCCGUCGCCGAGGAGAAGACCACGCCUACAACCGUGCCCGAGGAGAAGGAGACGCCCGCCGCUGCCGCUGCCGCAACCGAGACCGCCGCCGCUCAGCCCAAGGCCGUGUCCGUGGCCGAGACUGCCCAGACCGCCGAGGACGAUGCCGAAGACUCCUCGUCCGAGGAUGAGGACGACGACGAGAAGAACGUCACUGAGACCCGCGAGCCCCAGGGCGCCCAGCUCGCGACUCGCGUUGCCAUCCUGCCCGCUCGCCCCGCGACCCCCGAGGCCGACAAGAAGAUCUCGUACCACGAGGACGCCGACCUCCACAUCAAGGUCCGCGAGUCCAACGGCAGUGGCGCUGUCAUCGUCUACUCGGUCCGGUCCGCUGCCCUCGCGUCCGCCUCCCGCGUCUGGAAGGACCUGCUCGCCAAGAACACGGCCCCCGUCCUCGAGCUGCACUCGGCCGCCGACACGGCCAGCGGCCUGGACGUGCUCUUCUCCAUCGCCCACUUCAAGUUCCACGAGCUGCCGGCCAUGCCCAACGUCGGCGAGCUCUACGACCUCGCCCUGGCCUCCGACAAGUACGCCGCCACCCACCUGCUCGUCCCCUUCAUGAAGGACUGGGUCGUCGCCCUGAACCGCCACGUCCUCAUGGCCGGCGCCCGCAACGACGAGGACAAGACGCUCGUCCUCAGCUGGGUCUUUGGCGAGGCCCGCUGGUUCAGCCGCGUGCUGGCCAAGGCCGCCUUCAAGUCCCGCGUCGGCACCGACGGCGCCCUCCUCGACUCCAAGGGCCGCCCAUGGAGGGACCAGCCCGUCUCGGACGAGGUCGUCGGCAUGCUGGCCGCCACCCGCGCCGAGGCCGUCGAGAAGAUCAUCAAGGCCGUCAGCAACCCCGUCCACCGCCUCCUCAACCCCUCGUGCUACCCGGGCGAGGAGAUCCGCUACUGCCACGCCGGCACCGACGACGGCACCGCCGAGGACUGCGAGCAGCUCCUCCUCGGUUCCGCCAUCAUGGGCCUGACCAAGUCCAAGCUGUGGCCGCCCCCGGAGCCCUCCAAGAUCAAGGUCAGCGCCGUCGACCUCGCCAGGGCCUACGGCGAGGUCCGUAUCCGCCGCUACCAGACUCCCGGCCUGCGCUUCCGCGAGAGCCAGCCCGAGGGUGCUCCGGUAGAGGACCCCCACGCCAAGUGCGGCUUCGGCCACCGCGAGGUCCUCGACAAGAUCCUCAACACGCCCGCCAAGAUGGCCGCCAGCGUCGUCGGCCAGCUCAUCACCCGCGCCAAGAAGUCGGGCGCGUUCGGCGACGAGCUCUUCGCGGACCUGAAGGAGUACGUCCAGGACGGCGGCGCCGCCGUGACCGUCGAGGGCGAGGACCUGAAGACCGACCCCGUCCACUACAAGCAGGUCCGCGUCAAGACCAACGACGUUGUCGAGAACAAGACCCCGGCCGAUGACGACGAUGAUGAUGAUGAGGACGACGAGUCCAGCUCCGAGAGCGACGACGAGUAGCUUCUGACGAGUGGUUUGCGUGCGUUGUGUUGUGUUCAGGCGGGGAUUGCAAGUGAUGUAAAAGCUUUUACGUGUUAUGGUUUUAUGGCUUUCGUUAUGGUUCCUGUUUGUCUAUGAUGUCUUCAAGGAUGAUUCAUUAUGACCAAAUACCCUUAGAAUGUGUCUAGAUCUAAUUAUAUAUGUCUCCUUUGUUCGGAUCGGCAGCCGAAAUUUUUCAACUAUCCUUCCUUGAUGACUACUGGCCCGGGUCAACGAGGAAACACUUGAGACGGGAGCUUGACCUCAUCCAUGCUUCCCAGCUUCGCUCCGGCGCUGCGAAAAGUGCCUCGCAGAAGGCCAUAUGUGCCGCCAUAUUCUGUUCAGGAGGCCUAGGGCUGGGGCUGGGGAUGAACACUAUGGCUCGUAAAGAACGUUCAUUUUCUCCAGCCAAAUGAACAAGCCCUAUAUGCCAUGUAGUCAAUAUACAGGGACCACGUUUGUUUUGAUCCCGUCAAAAUAUCUACAACUGACUCGAUAGAAGAACUUUGCAUUCCAACCGGUAUGAUAUGAUCCGAAU